UAAACAAACAGCACCCAAGUGUGGUCCAAGUAAAAUAAAAGAUAAUAAAAAUACAGAGAUGUACCCGCCAGCGGAAAACAGCAAGCGGAUGAAUUGGGGCAGAGAGAGAGAGAGGGAGAGAGAGCGUUCUUUCCUGGUCGGUCAAUCCAAUUGAAUUGAUUUCCAGGAAGAGAGAGAGAGAGAGAGAGAGAGAGAGAGAGAGAGAGUAGAAGGCGAGAGAGUUUCAAAUUUCAGAGAGAAAGAGAGAGAAAGAGGGGAUUUGGUAGGAGGUAUCGAGCACAACCGAAGCCAUGUCUCUGAACAUGAAAACCCUAACCCAGGCCUUGGCCAAGACGGCUGCGGUCAUCGAGAAGACCGUGCAGACAACGGUCCAGGAGGUCACCGGACCGAAGGCACUCCAGGACUACGACCUCCUCGAUCAGAUCGGCUCCGCCGGCCCCGGCCUCGCAUGGAAGCUCUAUGCCGCCAAGUCCGCGCGUGGCGCCACGCCGUACCCCGUCGUCUGCGCCUGGAUCCUCGACAAACGCUCUCUCUCGGAGGCACGCGCCCGAGCCGGGCUCUCCAAGGUGGCGGAGGAUGCAUUUCUUGACGUUGUUCGGGCUGAUGCGGCGCGCUUGGUGAGAUUGAGGCACCCAGGUGUCGUGCACGUGGUUCAUGCCUUGGACGAGAACAAGAAUACCAUGGCGAUGGUCACGGAGCCAUUGUUUGCGUCCGUGGCGAAUGCACUGGGCAAUGUGGAGAACAUUGAGAAGCUGCCAAAGGAGUUGACGGGGAUGGAGAUGGGAUUGUUGGAGGUGAAACAUGGUUUGCUCCAGAUUGCAGAAUCCUUAGAUUUCCUCCAUAACAAUGCGCGUCUCAUCCAUCGUGCUAUAUCACCUGAGAAUGUCCUUAUUACUUCAAGUGGGGCUUGGAAGCUUGCUGGAUUUGGUUUUGCGAUUUCAGCUGAUCAAACCUCUGGUGAUUUGGCUAAUGUGCAGGCUUUCCAUUAUGCUGAAUAUGAUGUUGAGGAUUCUGUACUGCCUCUUCAGCCAUCUUUGAAUUAUGCGGCUCCUGAACUGGUCAGGAGUAAAGCAUCGUCACCUGGAUGUUUUUCUGAUAUUUUCAGUUUUGGAUGCCUUGCCUACCACCUGAUUGCUCGCAAACCGUUGUUUGACUGCCACAACAAUGUUAAGAUGUACAUGAAUACUUUAACUUACUUGUCCAAUGAAGCAUUUUCAUCUAUUCCGCCAGAGUUGGUUCCUGAGUUGCAACGGAUGCUCUCCGCAAACGAAACUUUCAGGCCAACAGCCUUGGAUUUCACAGGUUCUUCUUUUUUUCGUGAUGACACUAGGUUGCGUGCUCUUCGCUUCUUGGACCACAUGCUUGGAAGAGAUAAUAUGCAAAAAUCUGAGUUUCUAAAAGCAUUAUCAGAUAUGUGGAAAGACUUUGACUCUCGUGUAUUGCGGUAUAAGGUACUUCCACCCCUUUGUGCAGAACUCAGGAAUAUGGUUAUGCAGCCAAUGAUUCUACCUAUGGUGCUUACAAUAGCAGAGUCUCAGGACAAAAAUGAUUUUGAGCUUUCAACAUUACCAGCUCUUGUUCCUGUCUUGAGCACUGCUGCGGGUGAGACACUAUUGCUACUUGUAAAGCAUGCGGAGCUUAUUAUCAAUAAGACUAGUCAGGAGCAAUUAGUGUCACAUGUCUUGCCCAUGCUUGUCCGUGCUUAUGGUGAUAGUGAUGUUCGCAUACAAGAAGAAGUUUUGAGAAAAUCUGUAUCACUUGCUAAGCAACUUGAUAUUCAGCUAGUAAAACAAGCAAUCUUGCCUCGUGUGCAUGGAUUAGCUCUUAAGACGACAGUUGCUGCGGUGCGAGUGAACGCUUUGCUAUGCUUGAGUGAGUUGGUUCACGCACUGGAUAAACAUGCUGUUCUAGAUAUCUUGCAAACAGUCCAACGUUGUACUGCCGUUGAUCGAUCUGCACCUACACUCAUGUGCACUCUUGGGGUUGCAUACUCUAUUGUCAAGCAGUAUGGAGUAGAGUUCGCUGCGGAUCAUGUCCUUCCAUUAAUUAUACCCUUACUCCUUGCCCAACAAUUGAAUGUUCAACAAUUUGCAAAAUUCAUGCUCUUUGUUAAGGAUAUCCUCAGUAGGAUAGAAGUUAAACGAGGUGUCAUGUUGACCGAAUCUGGAAUUCCAGAGGUGAAAAGAUCCCCUUCAGCUGAUGGGCUUCAGUCCGAAGCUUUGAAGAAAGCAAGUGGGACUGUCUCUUCUGCAACAAGAAGCAGCUUUGCUUGGGAUGAAGAUUGGGGUCCCACAGUGAAGGGAUCUUCUACAAAUAAAAUUUCAUCUGCUCAUCCUUUUCCUGGCAAUCAACCAAUUCAAGUUACUUCCCUGCAAUCAAAUUCUUCCAUGGUGUCGGCUAUAUCUACUCAACGAACGCCUUUAUCAUGCCCCCCAGUGGAUGUUGAGUGGCCUCCUCGGCCAUCUUUGGAUGAUACCCCCAGGUUAGGGGAUAAUGAGAAGCAAGUUCCAAACGCAGGUGCAUCAUCCACUUCAAGUUUUGAUGAUAUAGAUCCUUUUGCUGACUGGCCUCCACGGCCUAGUGGUGCUGUAAGUGGUUCUAGAUCUUCCAACAGUGGUACAAUAGGACCACUCACAGACAAUUACGGGUCUAGUUUGAAUGCGAGUACUCCUAAUGGCGUUAACUUCCCAACCACCAGCAAUGCCAAUUGGGCAUUUAAUACUCAAAAUUCUUUUGAGCAACCGAGGCAAUAUCAAGGAAGUUCAACUUCAAAUACGAAUAGUCUUAAUAAUGGGGGAUUGAACCCUCAGAACUCCAUUGGGUUUUCAAAACAGAACCAGGGGAUUUCAUCUUUUGGUACCUUAAACAGUAAGAAAGUGACGGAUCUUGGAUCCAUCUUUGCAUCUUCCAAGAAUGAUCAGGCUGCACUGAGGCUUGCUCCACCUCCACCUCCACCGACUGCUGUGGGGAGGGGGAGAGGAAGAGGGAGGGGAAAUCAGGGAAAUAUUGGUGCUGCCUCUGCACCGCAAUCCAGCCAAGCGAAAUCAUCUGGGCAACCUCCCCUUUUGGACUUGCUAUAACUGGUUGUGCUCUACUAGCAUUUUAGUUGCGCAAAGACAAAAAAAGCAUCAUAAGAAAAACUAGCUGUUCAGGCUCUGUAGAUUUGUCAUUACGUAAUGCAUGCCAAGAGAUGGUUUCUGUAAAAUGUGUUGAAGCUGCUGGUCGGUUCAGUCUGUUGAGCUGCCGGUUGGUUCAGUAUGUUCAGCCUUGGUCAAUCAACCGAAGUGGCUGGUCCCGUCGCAAUCUUUUGUUAUAUGAUAGCCUAUGUCAUGUUGUAACUUACUACGGUUUCAAGCCCCAAUAGUGUUUUGUUUUUUUGGGGGUGGGGCGGAGUUUAUAUUUGACAUUCAUUUUGGUGUUUUGUGUUUAUCUCCUAAAUCUUUUGAUAUUCUGAAAAUUUUCCUCGGAAUAGUGUAUUCUUGAGAACAGUACCAGCUUUGUUGGCUGAGACUGGAAAUAAUAAAAGAAAAUGUAUUUGUUUCGUUUA